UCUCUUCAGUUGUAAAUAUAAGCAUGAGAUAGAUGGUUUUAUUUUUACUUAAAGUCGCGUAAAUGAACAAGGAACAUAUCUUGAUUACAUAAUAAUUUGUAAUGAAAUAUGUUAUUUCUAAUAAGAGGAUGCUCGUUUAAUAUUUACCAGUACUGUAGAAAUUUCAUAGCUAAAACUAAACUGGUCGAACCGUGUUAUCCAGCGUUCCUUAACCUCAACAAGAAAGUUAAUCUAUCUAUAUGUCAAUUAUUUUGUUCGAAAGCGACUUUACUUGUAACUAAUAAGCACGUUAGAAAAUAUUUAAAUCAUCUUACGGAUGCGUAUCAAAGUAGUGAUGAAAAACAAGGAAGUAUUUCUGAUAUUCUUAAAUUACACGAAAUUCCCCAGUUGUUGAAUGAGAAAAUUAAGAUAAUUGAGAAUAUAAAUGAUUUGAACGAUCUUGUACCUGAGAAUGAAGAAAUGAAAAAUCUUAUAAGAGAAGAAGAUUUAACAUAUAUACGACAGAUGUCACAGAUUGACGAGAAAAUUUUAGAUAUUAUUUUACAAAAAGUAGAUACUGAAAAUUAUGAUAAUGUUGUUAUGGAGAUAAUACCAGGUGUAGGUGGUCAGGAAGCUAUGUUGUUUGCUAGAGAUUUGUUAGUUAUGUAUGUAAAUUAUUUUGAUUAUUUAGGGUUUAGUUAUGAGACAUUGGAACAGCUUGAAAGUGACACAGGUGGGGUUAGGAGAGCUACUUUAUUAAUAACGGAUAACAAUGCCUUCAAGAAAUUAAAAUAUGAAAGUGGUGUACAUAGAGUACAAAGGAUUCCAACAACAGAGAAGUCUGGUCGUUUACAUACCAGUACAGCUGUUGUAACAAUCAUACCAGAACCCAAGGAUGUUGAUAUCAAGAUAGAUGAGAAAGAUUUGAUAAUAGAAUCAAAAAAAGCAUCUGGAGCUGGAGGCCAACAUGUAAAUACUACAGAUUCAGCAAUUAGAAUAACUCAUAUACCCACUGGUAAAAUUGUAACUUGCCAAACUAAUAGGUCUCAAAUAAAAAACAAAAAGUUAGCACUAACAAAACUAAAAACUAUAUUGUUUGAGGAACAAUUGGACCAACAGGUUUCCCUUAUUAAUAAAAUACGUAAGAAACAAAUGGGGUCGAGAUUGAGAAACGAGAAAAUCAGAACAUAUAACUUCAAUCAAGAUCGGAUUACGGAUCAUAGAAUAUCAAAUGGCACAAUGUACAAUUUAAGAGAAUUUAUGAAAAAUGGAGCAGAUCUGGAAAUACUGGAGGAUAGGCUCUACAAGGAUAUGCAACUGAGGACCACGCUGGAGAUUAUAGAGGAGAUGAUGAGUCAAUUCAAAUAACACUAGUCCAACAUUUGCCAUUUUGAUAAGAAAUGAUUUUCAUUUUACAUAGGCAAGCCAUUGUACAUAGCAAAUUGUAAUAAACUCUGUGUAAUACAAGUAA